AAAUCGAACAGGCGGCGGAAGUCGCAUCAUCACUGAAGGAGACGAGCUGAGGCGUGGAAGAGAGGCAGCGAUGUGAGACCCAGAGGAACCGGCGAAAAAGCAUAAAAAGCGCAGUCUUACGAUUACAGCCCAGACACACUGAAGACAAUCUAGUGUUUAGCAAGAGAAGGCACGCUAGGCCUUAAGGUAGAAAGGAUGGAUCCAGCACUGCUCCGUGAGCGGGAGCUCUUCAAGAAGAGAGCUAUCUCCACCCCGGCUGUGGAGAAGAGGCCAGCCCCUUCUGAGUCCUCUUCCGCUUCCUCUUCCAAGAAGAAGAAGCCCAAGCUGGACCGGGAGGGAUCCACAGGGUCCAAGCAUGGAGCAGACUCAAGCAACGGCUCCUUCAACCUGAAAGCACUGACUGGAAGUACGGGGUACAAGUUUGGUGUUCUAGCAAAGAUUGUGAACUACAUGAAAACCCGGCACCAGCGUGGCGACACCUUCCACCUGACCCUGGAAGAGAUCCUGGAUGAGACGAAGCUCCUAGACAUUGGCAUGAAGCAGAAGAUGUGGUUGACGAAUGAGGCCCUGGCCAGCAACCCCAAGAUCGAGGUGCGUGACGGGAAGUACGCCUUCAAGCCCAAACACCCGCUGAAGGACAAGAAGGCGCUGCUGCGUCUGCUGGACAAGCACGACCAGCUGGGCCUGGGGGGGGUGCUGCUGGAGGACGUGGAGGAGGGGCUGCCCAAUGCGCACAAGGCCAUCAAGGCCUUAGGGGAUCAGAUCAUCUUUGUGACCCGGCCCGACAAGAAGAAGAUCCUCUUUUAUAAUGACAAACACUGCCAGUUUACAGUGGAUGAAGAGUUCCAGAAGUUGUGGCGCAGCGUGCCUGUGGACUCGAUGGAUGAAGAGAAGAUUGAAGAGUACCUGAAGAGACAGGGCAUCUCCUCCAUGCAGGACACAGGACCUAAGAAACCGGCUCCCAUCCAGAAGAAGAAAAAGCCAGCAUCUCAGAAGAAGAGGCGUUUCAAGACGCACAACGACCACCUGGCCGACGUCCUGGAAGACUACUCCCAAGGAAUGUCCGCUAGGAAGUGACACUGCAAUGCGUCUUCCCGCCAGCAGGGGGAGUAGCCUGUCAGAGCUAUACUUUAAAACGGAAUGAAAAUGCAAAAACUCCCCUGUCCAGUGGCCUACACUCUCUGGAAUCCUGCAUAAAUGAAUCACUAAAGGAGUAUGCCUUGAAAAGGCAGUGUUUAUACUCCAUACUACACAUUGGAUUUACUUGUCAGACAAAGGUACACUGGACAGUUUAUUUGAACUCGUGCUUUUUUCUUUUUAAAUUAAAUGGCGCAAAACGAAAUAUGACUCCAGAGAUCUUGGCCCUCCACUGCCGCUAUCAGCACCUACUUUCUCUCAGCUGCCGGCUUGCAGCUGUGGCCUUAGCUUCAAGCUGACAGCAUUGAUGGCGGUAAACACUCUGAAAACUGUCUGUUCCAAAAAAAAAUUGGAGAGAAAAAUAACUUGCUAUAAUUGUGUUUGUCUACUGUAAAUUACUUUCGAUAAUUCCGUCAUUAGCAAUCACUUUUCAUUCAAAUGGAAUAAUUAUGAGAAUAGCAAUUAGUAAAUUAUUAAGUGGAACAAAUAAAACCAUAGUAACAGUGA